UUUCAUUUUUAGGCUUUAGCCUUUUGAGAGUCGAUCAGUUGGGGGCGGGAAAACUGAAAAUCCCCAACUCAGAGCGUUGGCGGUCUUCUCUCCAGAGUGUCGGAGUCUCGACCUUCUUUCUUCUGUUCUAUUUUUCUCUCUUUCACUUCCGUGAAAAGUCCAUUGCCCGUCUUUAAACACUUAACCAGGUGCGACCCAAACCGAGCUUGGCUUCAAACCUCUUCCCAAUUUGGUAUCUCGUUUCGGAAUCGGCAUAGUUGAGAGCAGAAAUUAAGAGAACCAAAGAAAAAGAAAAAACAGAAUGGGAUGGAAUUACCCAGACAUAUCGUUGGAAGAAAUGAUGAAACUGAUAAAAGGGUUUGUAGAUAUACUCAUUUUAGCAUCUGGGUAUCAAUCAUCUGGUCUUCUUGCCCACUGGGACUCCGACAACAUCAAGCGAGCCUUUCAUUGGGCUCUCUUCUUUGAAAACGUCUUUAGGCGUUUGAGAAGCUUGGAUGUUUACCGAGAGUCUUUAGAGGAACUUGAUGCAGCGCUAUUCGAAAUGGCAUCCCAUCCUUCCUUCCCUCAGGGUCUUGCACAUUUAUCAUCUGCUACUCUUAGAAGGGCAAGAGGUUAUAUGUUGGAACACUUACUCCAUAAUUUACCAUUGAGGGAUUCACAUCUUAAAGCAAUCUUGACAUCAACCAUCGAGAUGGACCUUAGUGCACUUUCAGAGACAGAACAUGACUGUCUCAAUGCGUAUUUGAAUAAGUUGACACUGCAAAAUAGACUUUGUAUGGGGAAUUUGUUUACUUCAUCUCUAGAUGUAACUCCAACCAUGGAAACUGAAGACUCUGGCAGUGAUAAUUUUACUAAACUUGCUGUUCAAGAACUCUUCAGGAGGCAAUCUGCAGUGUCAUGCAUAUCAACUAUUGAGGAAGGAGUGAAUAUUCUUUCUAAUGCUGUAAGACAGAGCAGCUGGACUGAAUCUGACUGUAGCUUAUUUAGAGAAAAAAUGAAGCAUGAAAGUCUUCCAGCUUUACUGCAAAGUGCAGAUGCAUCAGUUGCUGUGUUCACAUGGAACCAGUGGAAGUCAAGGGCUUUGUCAUAUUUUCUUGAUAAGAGAACUAUUAGAUUGGUUUCUGGUGCCAGUUUAAUAUUUUCAGGCACUAAGGUACAAUGGGGGAAAGUGUUUGGACAGCUGAACUUUUCUGAAAAAGAUAGCAACUGUGAUAUACAUGAGGCAAUUGAGCUUUUAUUACUUGGAUGCAUUGCAAGCAGAUGGAAUUACAUAAUUGAACACUUAACUUCAGUAUCUUAUGAUUCUGUUACCAUCUCAAAGCAAUAUCACAUGCUUGCUAACUCAGACUUUGGAAAGUCUCAAACUUUUAAUCAAAAAGAGGAUAUAAUGAAAUCAAAGGAAGCUGGCAUUCUCGAUUUUCUGAUGGGACUCUUGGGUGGUCAAGUUCAUCUGUUGUGGAAAUCAUCCCCUGCCCUUACAGCAAUUUCACUUCCAUCCUGGUCACCCUUAUUUAGACUUUACCUGAGUGAAAUAGAUACUCAAUUCAAAGGAAAUCCUUCCACCAUGAGAUGCUGCAGUUGUAUUCAAGAUUGGAAUGAGCAUAAAGACUGUGAACUUGCUGAGAGAAUUUGGUGUCUCUACAUCUUUCAUGUUUGUGGUGCUCAAAUGAUACAUGGCACAUGUGGUGCUUGAUAGCUGAAAAUUGUCAGGCUGGUCUUCAAUAAGGUUCCCUCUUUCUACAUCUAUUGCUGAAAAUGGCAUUUCAUUUGCAUAUACUUGUAGCGGGAGGUAUUUUUUUUUUAUCUAAAUUUUUGUUGUUACAUAUCACAUUUGGUGUUAACUGUAUGUAAAACAUAGGCCAGGUUUUUUAAAUAGACAUUUGAGUUGAAUCUUAGUAUUUCAAAGAUUCACAAUGCCUAAAUGUGAUUGUCCCACUUUGUUAUAAUCAAGCAGAAAGAGAAAGGUUGAUUUGGGUAUGGUAAGAAGGUAUGGAACUUGAUUAGGAAUUGAUAUGAUCACGUAUUUAUCACUGUCCCCCUCCCCUCUUCUUUUCUAGGGAAGUGGUAAGAAAUGGGAAGAUUGUAAGGCUUUAAGACAGGUUCAUUGUAAUCUAUGAAACAAAGGAUAAAUUCAUAUUUGGUAAGCAAAAUCCACUUGUCCAGAGAGAAAUUUCAACCAAUAAAAUAUAGGGAGAAAUACAAAAUUAUAGAUGUAAAAUACUAGAUUGGCUAUUGAAACGGUUUUCUGUAAGUAAGAAGUUAGCCUAGGCCAGUAGCUGAAAUCAUGGCAAAUCUUUUGGGUUCAAUUCCUAAUUAUUUGUGGAAGAAAAAUGUUGUAAAUGGUAAAUUCUCUCUUUCCUCACACGUUCCUGCUUUUGAGAUGCAAUCAUUUUGCAUGUAAAAGACUACAAGGAGUUAAGUCUGAGUGGAACAUUUUCCUUGAAAUGCUUCUAGGUGUUAUCUUUAUCAUUCAUAUCAAACUGAACUAUGUAGGUGGGUGCGUCAACUUUAUCUCUUCUUUUUGUACAAUGAAAGGGUGAUGAAACUUAUUGUUGCAUACAGUGAUUGGUGGUGCCUGUUUUUGUUACAAGUUGCUUUUACUAAGCAUCUGUUUGUCAGCCCCACAAAACUAUUUUCACAUCUUUGUGGGCCUUCCUCCAGAUCAAGUGACACCGAACCUUUUGAUAAUUAGGGCACUCUUUUUCUCUCUUUUCCCCUCCUCCUUUCGGCACUAGAAGAGUCAGAUUUAGGCAUGGACGGCAUAACUUUUAGUCACAGCAAACCUAAUCUUGGCCUCUCUCUAUCUCCUGUAGAUGCUUGCCAGAAAGUUCGCUGUGAGUAAACCAGAAGCAAAACCACAAAUGAUAAACACUAGCAACCUUUUUCAAGGCUAGACAAUUUAAAAAGGUGCUCAUUACAGACAUCACAUCACUGGCAACUAAUCUUUAGACAAGGAUGACCUAGGAAUGAUGGCAAAGCAAAGUGGAAAGAACUAUGGGUGAUAAUGAUUCCGAUUUCAGACAAAUGGCAA